GCGUCGCGUCACGCUGUAUCGCGCCGCGCCGGCGGAGAAGCCGUGAGGCGGCGGGGAGCGCACCGCCAUGCUGCGCGCCUCCCUCCGAGAGGUGUCGGCAGCGUUAAAGGAAGGACGCGUGACCCCGACAGAGCUUUGCCAGCGAUGCCUUUCCCUCAUCAAAAGCACCAGCUUUCUUAACGCUUACAUUACCGUGGCAGAAGAAACUGCUUUAAAGCAGGCUGAAGAAUCGGAGAAGAGAUACCGGAGAGGUCAACCGCUGGGUGUUCUAGAUGGAAUUCCUAUUGCAGUAAAGGACAACUUUAAUACAGCAGGCAUUGAAACAACAUGUGCAUCAAACAUGCUAAAAGGUUAUAUUUCUCCUUACAAUGCUACAGUAGUUCAGAAAUUAUUGGAUCAGGGAGCUGUACUUUUAGGAAAAACAAACCUAGAUGAAUUUGCAAUGGGAUCUGGGAGUACAGAUGGGAUAUUUGGACCAGUCAGAAACCCCUGGAGUUAUUCAAGACAGUUCAAAGAAAAAACUCCGCCAAAAUCUCAUUCUGAGAAUGAAGAGUCUGACUGGGUAAUAACAGGAGGAAGUUCAGGAGGCAGUGCUGCUGCUGUAUCAUCUUUCACAUGUUUUGCCGCUUUAGGGUCAGACACAGGAGGAUCUACCAGAAACCCUGCUGCUCACUGUGGAGUAGUAGGUUUAAAGCCAACAUAUGGACUGGUUUCUCGCCAUGGUCUCAUUCCUUUAGUGAACUCCAUGGAUGUGCCAGGAAUCUUAACCAGAUGUGUGGAUGAUGCAGCAGUUGUGUUAGGUUCACUUGCAGGACAUGAUCCUAAAGACUCUACCACAAUUCAGGACACCUUUAAGCCAUUUGAGCUACCCAGUUUGAUAGAUGUCAGAAAGCUCUGUAUAGGAAUUCCUAAGGAAUACCAUGCACCAGGGCUUUCUAGUGAAAUUGUGGCACUGUGGUCAAAGGCUGCUGACCUUUUCAAGGAUGCAGGUGCUAAAGUAAUUGAAGUGAGUUUACCACAUACUUGUUACUCAAUUGUCUGCUAUCAUGUGCUGUGCGCAGCAGAAGUAGCAUCAAAUAUGGCCAGGUUUGAUGGACUGGAAUAUGGCCAUCGUGCUGACGUGAACGAGUCCACAGAAAGUAUGUACGCUGCAACACGACGAGAAGGUUUUAAUGAUGUUGUAAGAGGAAGAAUUCUAUCAGGAAACUACUUUUUGUUGAAGCAAAACUAUGAGAAUUACUUUAUCAAGGCACAAAAAGUCAGACGACUCAUUGCUAAUGACUUUGUGAAGGUUUUUGGAAGCGGUAUUGAUAUUUUGCUCACUCCUACCACUCUGAGUGAUGCAGUACCAUAUACGGAAUUCAUCAAAGAAGACAACAGAACCCGCAGUGCACAAGAUGAUAUUCUAACACAGGCUGCAAACAUGGCUGGACUGCCAGCCAUAAGUAUUCCUACAGCUCUCUCAAAGAGAGGCUUGCCAGUUGGGCUUCAGUUCAUUGGACGUUCAUUCCAGGAGAAGCAGCUUCUCACUGUAGCCAAAUGGUUUGAAAAACAAGUAAAAUUCCCAAUGAUCCAGUUAGAAGAAGUGAAGAGGCAUGACUGCAGUGUCUUUCAGCAACAGAAAUCUGUUUCUUUUUUGUAACACAAAUCUUGUUAGUCAGCUAAAGCAAGAAAACUGGGGGGAUGCUCUAAAAACAUAGUUUUGCAGUUAAUUCUGUUCUGCAGAAAUAAUAAUGUAGCAUAAGAAGACCAUAUGCAGUAAUGUAGGAUGGAAUCAUAACAGCUUGUUACUGUGUAAUUAAGCUGAAGUGAAUCAUUAAGCAAACAUGUUUGUGUUAUUAAGAACCAUUUAUAACUGACACUAUUUUUGCUAGAUUCGUAUUACACAUCUUGUGCCUGUGGAGCUGUUUUUUUUUUUUUUUUCCUCCUAUCUCUAGAGGGCAUGUAAGGUAUCUGGCCCAAUAGAGAAGUAACCUGAACUUUUGUGUGAAAAUUGCAUGGUUGCCAAAGGGCUUGUUUUCCUUCUGGAACAUUGACUUUUGUAAUGAAAACAACCAGACAAGCUGUAAUGGAACAAAGGUAUCAAGGAUCCAUUCACCAACAGGUAAAUACAAAAGGAAACAAGGAAAUAACAUAUGGAUGUUCAUUAAAAGUGCUUUCUUCAAGCAACCCUAUGCAGGAGGUGAAGUAACUCCCAUGUGUACAAAUCUUGCAGAUUACAUCCAUUGCAAGAAGGAUUAAUUCCAGAUUUCUUCUGGAGGAGGAUGCCCUCUAGUCCUUGAAUAGUAUGAAUAGUCUGUUUUCUUCCUUCAUCGCUGCUCUCUGUAAUCAGCACUUAAAAUGAAUACUUACUAAGUAAAAAAUUAUUUUCUACGGGUUAGCUCUCCAGAAGAGUUAUACCAACUAUUCUUUAAUGGACAGUUAUUCAAUACAAUAGUAACUUGAAACCACUUUUCAAACUAUAGUGUUAUGGGACUGGAAGACCUACUGAACAACUAGCAAGCUGCUUUGAAUGUCGUUUCCAUUUUCCACAGUUGAAAAAUGUGAAAGAUUAAAGUUGUAAAUUUGCUUUUGUAUCAGAAAAAAACUAGGCAUUUCCCUACCUACACUUUCUUUGAUUUAAAGCAGGGAUCUGAAUCCAAUCUCUAGGUGUUCUGAGGUGUCCUUCAGUGCUGCUUCUGUUGGCAGCUUUCAAAAUGGAGACACCUGAAUAAUUAUUUACACAAAAGAGACAUCUGUCUGUCCUACAACUCUGAAUAGCAUGUCAUUUAAAACUUUAUUAAUGGUUCAAAUCCAUGUUCAAAUUAGAGCUGUAAGCGCUUUGAAGACAGAAUUCCUGGUGGAUGCUUAAAUUUCUGGGCUGUUAGAUUCCAGGCAGCCCUAAAAAGCCUUCUGCCCCCUCCCACCCUCUGCUGUUUUGCCUUUUGGGGGACCCUGUACCAGAUGUUCUUGCUGCAGCCCCCUGUAUAACCCUGAAAUUCCACCAAACUGGAAGGAAGAGUUUAGGAACCCGUAUGGUUUGGCAGCCUCAGGAUAUAAGCAACAAUGCCUCAAGUUUUUUGAGGUGAUAUCUAAGAUACUUGAAGUCUUAUUAGAAAACUUUCUCAAAGUUGUUGACUCUGUAUUUCAACAGGAUCUGAAGUAGCUUAAUACCUAGGCUUAGCACUAGACAAUGUAAUAGUUGUGAGUAGUACUGCUGAGCAGAGCUUUGUGCAGCUGCUGCCAGCACCUAACCAUGGCUCCAGAUUUAAACGGUAACAUUUUUGUUCUAGUUUAGUAAAAAUCUCAAAAUCUUUUGUUACAGGAGUAGAGGAAUUUCAGAAUACAAGAAGGUCUGGGGAAAAAAAAUGCCUAUACAAACAUCUUGUACAGCUGUCUUGAAAAAACAAUUCACUGAUAGAGUUGAAACCUUUAUGGCAUUGUAGCAUAGCCACAUGUGGCUAGGUGUAACCUUACCACACAGUGAGCCCUGUGAAAGAUUUGCAGCCAGAGGAUAAUUCAGUGCUUCCUGAAGAAAACAAAAGCUAGAGCUUUAACAAAUGAGCAAUCUGCUUCAAUGUUUGGGAAUGGGAGAUGUUUUGCUCCAGGGACUUGGAAAUAGUAAGGAUAUUACAUAAUGGAGAAGUUAUUUUGAGAAGAAAAUUGUUAAGAACUUCUGCUGUGAGACAUUUUAAAAUACAACUGCAGUCUGGUGUAUAUGUUU